AUAUACGUAUACAUUCAUAAAACGAAUUAGUAUGAAUUCGUACUUGAACGUGAUAAUAUAUACGUAAUUAUUAAAAGUUCUUAAUAGUCUUUUCUGUUUCGUAUUCAAAUAAUUGUUAAUAAUAAUAGAUAUCUAUCGAUUGAAUAAAAGCCAACUGCAAACAAUUAUACGUAGAAAUCGAUAUAUCGCAUAUCUUAGAAGAAAAUGAACGCAAGCAGAGUAUACAUUAUAACCAAGAAAAAUGUAUCUUAUUAUUAAUUUGGAUUUAGUAUAAUAAUUAAUGGUCAAAUUAAUUAUUAUCUUACUGUAUCGAACUUUUGACUAUAUUCUAACCUAUAAAAAUUAGACACCAAUGUCGACGCUAGCUAUCAACUGUCGACAUUGUGUUUUUGUGUUAUUACUUAUUAACAAUUAUAGGUAAACAUUAGAAAAUUAACAAUACCCGUUCAAAAAAAUGGCGGGAUUGGAAAAUUACGAAAGGGUUUAUCGAGGACGUUUGAUAGAGGCUCGGGAUGACAAAGAUCAUUUGCGAAAAAAGUAUCAUGGACAUGAUGUUAUUCAUCCUUUGGAUAUAUCAACUCCUUAUCCUUUAACAGAAGAUAGCCCGCCUCAUGAUGAUGAUGUCGCAAUAAAGAAAUAUAUAGUAUUAGGAUGCAGUUUAGUCGGUUUAAUUACAGAGAAUUUAUUAAUUCAUCCUUUUAUCGUUCUAAGACGACAAUGCCAAGUCAAUCCUGGAUCUACUAAGUAUCACUUGGUACCCUUUUCUUUAAUUCCUCUAAUGGUACGAUUACAUCAGAGUCAAGGUUUAAAUACUUUGUGGAAGGGAAUCGGUUCUGUCUUAUUAGUAAGAGGCAUGACUCUAGCAAUCGAAGACCUGAUUUCUAAAGUUACACCAUGGCCAAAAGAAGUAACAUGCAAUAGUUCGUUGAAAGCUUUUGGUCAGCACCUACUUCUAAAAUGUGUAUCUCUAGGCAUAGUAACUCCAUUUUAUUCUGCUUCACUUGUGGAAACGGUACAAUCUGAAAUAGCAUCUGAAAGUCCUGGCAUUUUAGAUGUUUUUCGAGAUGGUGCUUUACGUUUGGUUGAAAUUAGCAAUAAAGGCAGACUCAUACCCAUUUAUGCCCUUUUACCGCCUACUGUAGCCUACGGAGUAACUAAAUAUCUCUUUACUCUUAUUGUAAGGGGCGUUACAAGUCGUAUCAUGCAUAUAAGACAUAAACAACGUCAAGAAUACAUGGGAGCGUAUAGUCGUGAUUUACUAUCCGAAACAUUAGUUCAAGAUAUUGAAUUACAAUCGAUAUCAAUUUCUAUGUGCGCAGCAGAUGUAUUAUUUUAUCCUUUAGAAACUGUUAUUCACCGUUUGCAUCUUCAAGGAACACGCACUAUUAUAGAUAAUUUAGAUACUGGAAAGAGCGUUACUCCAUUAUUAACAGGAUACAGCGGUGCUACUGAUUGUUAUCGCACAAUUAUUUCCACCGAGGGUCCACUGGGUUUAUAUAAAGGUUUUGGAGCUCUUAUAUUACAAUUUGGAGUAUACGUUUUCGUAUUACGUGCAACUAAAUGGAUUUUAACGGAACUGGUAACAAAGUUGAGACCCAAGCCUAAAUAUAAACAAGUUCCACGGUCUGAAAUUUUAUAUCAUAGAGAUUCAAUGUGAAUACUUUUUUUUCUAUAUAUAUAUAUAUAGAUUGUUUCACAUAU